AAUCCGCUCGACCUCAUUCACUUACAAUACAAUCUCACCAUAAACUCUAUCGCAACCGCCAAGACUUCAAUAUAAAGCUCACUUAUAGUCUCCUUCCUAUCCUGCACAAACCCAGCCUAGCCUCAACCUACCGACAAUUUGGCUUCCCUAUCCUACUUUACCCCUCGUCCAGCAUUACCAACCACGGCAGUUGAUACGACACACGCAAGCCUGUCACCUGUCAUUUCCCCCUUCGAUUCCAUCUCGCGACCCUGCAAAACUCAAUCUUGACAUGGCUCCCUUGUACAGAAAGACCCUCGUGCUCGGUGCCUCUUCCGGUAUUGGAGAGGCCCUUGCCGCCAAGCUCAUAGCCACAGGGACAAAGGUCAUUGUCGUCGGUAGACGGGGCGAUAAGCUUGACGAGUUUGUGGAGAAGCAUGGAGAGGAUAGUGCAAGGGCUGUUGUGUUUGACGUCACGGAUUUGAAUGGAAUCAAAAGCUUUGCUGAGUCUAUCAUACAGUCGGAUCCAGAUUUGGACUCUAUCGUUUUUAGUUCGGGGAUUCAGCGAGGAUUUAACUUUGCGAAUCCUGAAACUCUGGAUCUAUCUGUUCUUGGCGACGAACUUACCACCAAUUAUACAUCUGCCGUGCAUCUCACCGCAGCAUUCCUCCCUCACUUCAAGAGCCAACCCGGCGGCCAUCUAAUCUACAUCAGCGCAACACUCGGUCUAAUCCCCUCCAUGAUCCGAACACCAAACUACAAUGCAUCCAAAUCCGCGCUUCACACAUUCAUCCUAAACGUUCGAGAGCAACUAAAAGCUAGUGGAGUGUCUAAUAUCCGCAUGGUUGAAGUUUUUCCGCCGGCUGUUCAGACGGAGUUGCAUGAUGAGAAGCAUCAGCCUGAUUUGGUGAACGGGGGAGAAAUUGGAAUGCGUAUUGGUGAGUUUACGGAGAGGAUGUUUGAUGGGCUUGGUAGGGGGGAUGAGCAGUUUGCUGUUGGGCCGGGGGAGAGUUUGUUUAAAGAGGAUGGGUUUGAGACGCAGAGGAUGAAGCUUUAUGAUGCGGGACGGGAGUUCAUCAAUAAAUCCUUAGCUAAGUACCUGAAGAAGUAGGUACAUAGCAGUAUUCAAGAAUCAAGAAACAACAAGGCGGAUUUCAACUUAUG